GGAUAAUCAUGGUCUUACUAUAUUUAACUGUUUAUACAAGUCUUCUCUUCCAUAUAUGACGUUUUAUAUGUUGGUAUUAUGUCAAUAUCAACAUGUUGAUUAAUCAGUUCAUACAUCUACAGUAAAAUAGAUUUAUAUAGUUGCUUUAUUCUUAAGAUUUUUAUGUUUUGGCUCUCUGCUUCUUCGUUUCUUCCGUGUUUGUCAACGGUGUUUCCUUUUCACAAUGGAUGACCGACUUCUUUAUAGUUAGGAUUAUUUAUAAAAAGCUGAGUUUUGUUUCAACUUAUUUUUCUGCUCCCUGCCUCACAUAGAUCCUCAAAAAACAUGGCCAGUGACACAAAUUCAUUGAGAUACAAGGUCUACUUCAGCUUCCACAAAGGUGAAGACACAAUUCGUUACUCCUUCGUCAGCCACCUUUCCGCAUCUCUUCGCCGGAAAGGCCUGAUUCCUUCGGCUUCAUUGUUUGUGGAUAACUGCUCCAAUGGGACUCGGACAGAGAAACAUAAUUUCAAGGCCUUUGUGGUGGUCCUCUCUGAGAAGUACGUGUUAUCUUCUGAAUGCCUCGAUGAGCUUGCGGAAAUUGUUGAUCGCCAGCGGGAUAACCAAAACGUUGUAGUCCCGGUGUUUUAUAGCAUAACUCAAUCGGAAGUUAUGCAUAAAUCGCGAUUGGACAUAUUGAGAGAUACAUUUCCGCUAGAGAGUAACUCAGCCGAGCGGGUAACUAGAUGGAUAGGCGCUCUGAAGAAAACGGUCGAGUCGUAUAAGCCAAGGAUGGAUUAUGGUGAUUGUGAACUUGUUGAAGAAAUUGCUAGGGAUGUGUACGAAAAGAUGUUUCCUACCAAACGAAUUGGAAUCUAUUCAAGGUUGCUUGAGUUGGAAAACUUUCUUUGCAAGCAACCAUGGGGUGUCCGCAGCAUUGGAAUUUGGGGCAUGCCAGGCAUAGGCAAAACUACACUUGCUAAAGCAGCAUUUGACCAAUUUUCUGGUGAUUAUGAAGUUUCUUGUUUCAUCAAAGAUUUCGACAAAGAAUUUCAUAUGAAAGGAAUUUAUUAUUUGCUGCAAGAAUACUUAGGGGGAACUGUCAGGGAAGAGCUUGAUAUAAACAAUUAUGUUAUGGAGCCAGAACCAAAAAGAGUUCUUAUUGUCCUAGAUAAUGUCUGCAAACCUCUGGAUGCAGAUGCUUUUCUGAAUGGGUUUGAUUGGUUUGGUCCAGGGAGUUUGAUAAUCAUAACUUCUAGAGACAAACAAGUAUUCGUGCAAUGUGGCGUCAAUCAAAUAUAUGAGGUUCAAGGUUUCAAUGUAGACGAGGCAAAGAAACUAUUCUCAUCUGGAAUAGAUUGGAGCAAAAGGAGUGGUUUGGAUACUCUUGAACCUUAUUUGAGGUCAGUGAUACAAUAUUCUAGUGGAAAUCCUUUAGCUCUCAGCUUUUAUGGAAAAGAGCUGCUACCCAAGAAUAUAGAAGAAAUAGAGACAGAGCUCCUCAGUCUGAAGCAAAUUCCUCCGCCUUUGAUUAUGGAAGCAAUCAAAAUCAGCUACUAUACACUUAAUGACAGCGAGAGGACUAUGUUUCUAGACAUUGCUUGUUUCUUCAGAGGAGAAAAUGUGGAUUACGUGAUGCAACUGUUUGAAGGGUGUGGUUUCUUUCCACAUGUUGGAAUAUCUGUCCUAGUUGAUAAAUGCCUGGUGACUAUUUUAGAAGGCAAGAUGCAAAUGCAUGAUCUCAUUCAGGUCGUUGCAAAGGAGAUUUCCAAUGAAGAGACUGUACAGCUAGAAAGACAUUGCAGAUUAUGGGACGCUUCAAUUAUUCAAUCUCUGCUAGAAGAUAAAGAACCCAAAUCAGUUGGGGAGUCUAUGGGUAUUGAAGAUAUUGAAGCCAUAUUUCUAGAUAUAUCCAACUUGAAAUUUUAUGUCAAUCCUAAUGCUUUCAAGAGUAUGCGUAAUCUUAGAUUUUUAAAGAUAUACAGCUCCAAUCAUGGAAAGCAUCAAGGACUUGGCAUAUAUAAAUCUCUUGAGUCUCUUCCAAAUGAGCUAAGGCUACUCCAUUGGGAGAAUUACCCUCUAAACUACUUGCCCCAUGAUUUUGAUCCUAGCCACCUUGUUGAACUUAACAUGCCUUACAGUAAACUUGAAAAGCUUUGGGAUGGAAUAAAGAAUCUGGAGAUGCUAAAGACGAUCAAGCUAUGUCAUUCCCAAGAACUUGUUGAAAUUAACGAUAUUUCAAAUGCUCAAAAUGUUGAGGUAAUUGAUCUCCAAGGCUGUAUAAAAUUUCCGAGUUUUCCAGCCACGGGUCAUCUACAACAUCUCCGAGUUAUUAAUCUUUCUGGUUGCGUGGAGAUCAAAAGCUUUACAGAGGUUCCACCAAAUAUCGAGGCAUUGUAUCUCAGUGGAACUAGUAUAAGAGAGAUACUAACAUUAACUACGGGGCUCACCUCGCAAUGUAGGAACUGCAUAGAUUGUCUUCAUGUCCAAACUUUGGAUUUUCUUAGAGUUCUUGAUCUCUCCGGCUGCUCAAGGCUAGAAGAGAUUCAGUGUUUCCCAAGGAACAUGAAAGAAUUAAAUCUUUCUGAUACUGCGAUCAGAAAAAUUCCAUCAUCAAUCGGUCAUCUCACUGCACUUGAGGUACUGAAUUUAACUAACUGCAAAAGGCUUCAACACUUGCCCAUGGGAAUGAGUAACUUGACCUCUCUUGUUAAGCUCAUGCUAACUGGCUGCUCAAAGCUUGAGCAUAUUCAAGAUUUGCCAACGGGCCUGAAAGAGCUAUAUCUUGCUGAGACGGCUAUUAGAGAACUGCCAUCGUCAAUUUGUCAUCUCUCUGAACUUGUUGUAUUCGAUGCCGAGAACUGCCAAAAGCUUCAAGAUUUGCCUACAGCAAUGGGUAACUUAAACUCUCUAUCUAUGCUAAAGUUAUCUGGCUGCUUAGAGCUUGAGGACAUCCACGAUCUUCCACGGAACCUAAAGAUUUUGAAUCUAGCUGAGACUCCUAUAAGGAAAAUGCCAUCAUCAUUUGAAGAUCUCACUGAACUAAUUUCAGUAGAUUUAAAUCAUUGCAAAAGGCUGCAACAUCUUCAAAUGGGAUCUUACAAGUCCUUAGUCAGGAUUGAGCUUUCUGGCUGCUCAGACCUGGAUUCUAUUAUUGGUUUCUCACUUCAAGACAUGGGACAACAUCAUAUAGAUGGGAUUGAGAAAGUGAGGUUAUGUGGGCCUCCUCCAUGUAAUGUCAUCUUUAUUUGGGAGAACUGGAGAACAUUUCAUGUCAUACCAGGGGAGAAAAUGGGCUCCAAAUGUUGUAUGAAGCUUACGCCAUUUUUAGCCUCGCCAUAUCGAUCGAAGCUGCCUUCUUCAUUUUUAUCCUCCUUGUACGCAUUGGUGUCGUUGUUGCUCAGUAAUGCCAACCUACUCGACAUACCUCAAGAGAUAUGUCAUUUUCCUUCACUAAAGACAUUGGAUCUCAGCGGAAACGACUUUAGCAAACUUCCUAAAAGCAUGAAGCAGCUUUGUAAGUUGGAAAGUCUUAUAUUAUGUCGCUGCAAAAAACUCAAAUCACUCCCAGAGCUUCCCCAAUGUCUAGAGACUUUGAAUGCACAUGGUUGUGUGUCUCUCAAGAAUGUUCAUAGGAGUUUCGAGCAGUUUCCUAGACAUUGCACGUUCAGCAAUUGUUUUAAUAUUUCUUCAGACUCUGUCAAGAAUAUUUUAGACAAUAGUAUAGCUCACAUGGCCAGACACCCUUGCCAGAAUCUCAUCAAAGCACAAGUAUCCAGUUUCUCUGUUCCGGCAUUCACUGGUCUGAAUUCCAUCUUUCACUUGCAACGAAGUUCAUCAGUGAAGAUAAGGAUUAAUCAUAUUAUAAAGCUUUUGGGGUUUAAAAUAACGGUUGUAGUUGCAUUUUGGGAUGACUCUCGCAAUGCUGCUAGUUUCGGUAUCAGGUGUGUCUGUAGAUGGAAAAACAAGAAAGGUCUCUCACGUCGCUUAGAAAGAGUUUUCUACUGCUGGACUCCAGAGGAAGUUGCUCAAAGUGUUCUGGAAAAUCACAUGUUUGUCUUCUGUGAUGUCUCAAUGCAUCUGGGUAUUGCUGAUGGGAAUGACCAUGAUAUAUUGGAUGAUCUAAUUGUAUUUGAGUUCGUUCCUGUUAACGGGAAGAACAGGGUUCUUGAUGAUUGUUGCACUAUUACAGAAUGUGGAGUAGAUGUAAUUACUGAAAAAACAGACAAAGCAAGUCAUGACUUGAGGCGGCCAGGUUCUGCCUUAGACUCCAUGGAGCUUUCCUCUUAUGUGUUACCACAAUUCAAGAAGCGGAAACGAAGUUUCUCAGGAUCAAAAGACAUUGAAAUGGAACACGACAGGUUGAUCUUAUCAGAAACAAAUAGAAGGGUAGCUUCUGAUAUGGCUCCUCUUUCUUCAUCUUCUUUGUCUCCUCGUCCGAGAUACGACGUUUUCUUGAGCUUCUAUGAAGAUGUCCGAAGAACAUUUGUCAGCUAUCUAAUCAAGGAAUUUAAAUGGCUAGGAAUCACUGCAGUAUACAGCGGAUUAGUGGGAUGCGAGGUGACAAGUCAUCCUGAGGUCACAGAAGCCAUUAAGAAAUCAAGGAUAUCAGUUGUCAUUCUUUCAAAAAAUUAUGUUUCUUCAAGUAGGUGCUUGAAUGAAUUGGUGGAGAUCAUAACAUGGAGUAAAGAAACAUGGGGAUACCGAGUGAUACCAGUUUAUUACGAAGUGGAUCCAUCUUAUGUAAGGAAGCAGACCAAAACUAUUGGAAAGGGCUUGGUGGGAACAUUUUUGGGGAAAGUAGAGAAGCCAGAGGUGAAAUGGAGGAGAGCUUUGACAUACAUUGUCGAUGAAGCUGGUGAAUCUUCCCAGGACUGGAAUGAUGACACGAAAAUGAUUGAGAAGAUUGCUACUAAUGUUUCAAAACAAGUAGAUGUCAUGGAAUCAAAUGGAUUUGAUACAGUGUUUAUUAAGGAGACAGAGGACAUUGAAGAGUUUGAGACAAACAUCUGGGAUAAGUUAGAUGGUGUGCACAUCAUCCCGAGCUGGUAUAUGUAUGCAUUCUCUUUGAUUUAUCUGUGUCUUCUUGCUUCCCAAAGUGAUUACAUUACGCCUUCUGUAUAUAUAUGAUAUGAUCAAUUCAAGGAAGGCUCUUGUAACAUCAGCCUAGACCUUCUUCUUCACUAAUUCAUACUGCUUUGUCAAGUUCCCAUUGUAUCAAGUCUAUCUUUAAGAUCUUGACGGUAUGACUAUGAGGCAAGCACAAUGAUUAUUGACUUUUAAUUCUCAGAAGAAAACCAAACGGACUAUCAAAUAGAGAAAUGGUUGUUCCUGCUUUCAUGUUUCCCCUAACGUGACCAAAUAUAUGUCAAUGUGCUUCUGGAGUGUUAUAUCAAAAUCCUAAUUACUUCUUCAGCUCACUGUAACGACCCGGUUUAUCCAAAACCGGUUUGGUUUGGUUUAACUACAAUUAUAAUUAUAACUAAAAUCCUCCCCUUUUACUUUUGGUCAACCGUGCGAUGUAUAUAUCAUCGUACGCAUCUCCUUCCUCGUAAUAACCUAGCCGUCAUCUUUCUUAUGCGGCAACUCUCGAGGCUUCUCAUCACCAGCCACCUAUGUUCAUCAAAUUGUCUUCCACCACCGGAGAAGCCAUCGUUGUUGUGAUUCAUGCCAUUGGGAACGUGACCAAGAUGAGAUGAGAAAGUGAAACCGGACCCGUCACGUUCCAUCACGACCAACCACAGAUUUGCACCGCCACGAUCCGCUUGUUGCCGUAGUUGUCAUAAACCACCUUCAGGAUCCAAGCUAGAGAGAUCGUGAUCUCACACCUGCUUGCACCACUGUCGCUACUCAGCCCCGAUCACCAACCGUUACCAUCAGAUACAUGGCUAAGAAGUGAUUUUGCGAGAGGUUUGUAGUACGAUCCAGGGGAUUCUAGGCGGUGUGCCAUGUCUCUUGGGAUAUAUCUCUUUUCCAGUAAUCUGUAGCAGCAAACGGAAUCGAGAUCGGAGUUGUGCAGGAAAAGUUAUUGCUGUUGCUUUUUGGGCAAGAAUAAGCUGAAGCUAUUGCGCUGCAGAAACAGUUCCGACCAGUCUCAGCGUAAAGGUGAAAUGGUCAACCUAAUCAAAAUAUUUCAGUCUGGAAUUUUGUCAGUAAGUAUUUAACUCUUUUAUCUAUCAUCUCCAAGAAGCGGAUCGUUAUUCCGAGUUAUAUUCUGAGAGUUAUGCUUGUUUUCGCGAGGAGAUCUGCUGCAGUCUUUGUUUACAACCAGCCUCGAGCUGAAGCCAUUAUGGCUGAUCAAAUGAUGUCCGAUCAGAGUAAACUCGGUGGCUACGGACAGAGGACAUAUAGGACUACAUUCUGACCGGAGGGAUUGAAAAGUUAUCGGUCAGUUCUUGAGUUAUUCAUCUGCUUUCUAUAGGCUUCAGUUUUGCCAGAAUCAUCAUAUUUAUUUAUUUUCAGAGAGUUUUGGAGUUGCGCUAUUUUAGAGCCGUCAAGGUCCAUUAUGUGUUUUGUCAGAUUAUCUUCAGAACCCGUGGCAAAGGUGAGGGUCUAUUCCGUAAAUCCCGUACCAGUGUAGAAUUAUCUCUAUCGUAGUUUAGAUUUCGAAUCAUGAUCCGUCUGUUUGAAUUGAGUCUUGAUUGUUAGUUAGUUAGUUCAUUCACUGUAAACUAGAACUAGGGGUCUAGAGGA